AUGGGAGGGUCGGGCACAUGGGCAUUAGCAGCCGCAAGUGCAAAGCGCAAGUCACCCAAGUUUGCAGCUAUUGCACCGGUUUGUGGCUGGGUUGAUGGUGGAAAACGCAAGUUGGAUGAGGUUGCCGGAGCGAUCAAGGACGAGAGGAUGGGUGUCUGGAUCUGGCAUGCCGUCAACGAUGAGACCAUUCCGGUUGAAGCCAGUGAUGAUAUGAAUCGUACCUUAGCAGAGCAUGCUGUUCAGGUGAAGUACUCUCGCCUUCCCCACUCUGCUGGUAGCGACCCGAACUGGAUCAACUUUGGCAUGGGCGGGUUGCACAUGGAAGGACACGCUAGUUGGGUUGAUGCGUAUGAAAAGAGCGGGGAGGAGCUGUGGAAGUGGUUUCUCGGGCACAAAAGAUCGUCGAAUAAUGCUUGA